AUGUCGCCUCCGCGACGUCGGUCCGCUCGUCUCGCGAGUGGCACUUCCUCCAAGGAACGACCGGCUUCAGUCCAACCCCAAUUGAGCGCUCUCACCGAAGGCGACGAGUCCUGUUCAGAGCAACCUACUAAGAGUCUAGACGCCAUUAUGUCUUCGCCUACAACGCAACCCACCACUCCGGCCGCUGUGAGCCCAGUCAAGCUGCCCAAGUCGGAAAUGCAUCCAAGCAAGUUCCACCCGGGUACUGCUGCACCUUCAUCUGGUCUCAAGCUUGGCUUUGCCGAUAUCAAUCGCGACCAAAAUGCCCGUGAUCACACUUUCGGCGCCAUCCAUGAAACUCCUUCCAAGGCGCCCACGCCGUUCACCUUCCGCGUUUCUAGACCUAGUGCCGCCGACAAGGGCCUUACACCCGAGGCCCAGAAAAUGAUGAAUGACCUGCGCGAAGAGGCAGCUAAGAUUAAGGCCGAGCUUGCUGCGAAGCGUAGUGAGGAGACACUGGAUGAGGUACUCGAAAGACGCCGAAUCGCAAAGGCAAAGGGCAAGGCCGGCCGGUUUAGCGAUGUACAUAUGGCCGAGUUCAAGAAGAUGGACUCGAUCGCGAAUCAUCCGUCGGUUUACCGCGCCGCGCCCGGUCGCCCGACGCCACUCAAAGCCGGCACCAAACGAAGCCAGUCCAAGGCCAACCUAAAUGAUGCCGAGUCCGUGCUUAAGAAGGCGGCAUCCGCCAGAGCGCCACCCAAAUCUCUAGAGAAACAACACGAUGAGCCUGAAUCUCCCACCAAGCGCGUCAGACAGCGCCUCGACGACGACGCUUCAACGCUUCGACCUGUGUCUCGAGAUGGUAGCUCGAUUCCUGCUCCUCGACCCAAGAGCAGUGGGAACGACUCUAUCCGCAGUGCUAUCCCUCGAUCCCGAACUGUUGCUUCCAUCAUGACUCCCACGAAAGCGUCCACGGCCCGCACUCAGGUCACCAAGACGCCCACCAUCCCACUGGUGAAGUCACCCAGCAAACCUGAUCUCGAAAGUCUGGCAAGAUCCCCCAGCAAACCAGACCUCAGCAGCCUCGCCAGAACUCCCAGCAAGGUGACUUUUGGUAGCUUGAAGAAGUCGGCUACUUUGAACAACUUGAACGCGGAGAAGACCUUCCCCACUAUUGUCCAAACCCCUGGUCGAUUUGCUAGAGUCAAGUCGAUCCUGAAAAGGCAAUUCAGUGCGUCGAAGCCGAAGAGCAGCAUCCCUCAAGUUGCUAGCUCGAUCCCCAAGACCCCUGGCAACGCCGAGAAGAAGAAGGCCGCUGCACCUGUAACAACCCCCGGCCAACGUUUCGGGUUCGACAAGCAUGUUGAGUUCACACCCGAUUCGAAGGCGGCCGCCUUAACCCAGAACUCCCCAUCUCCAGUCAAGUCUGCUAUCCCGCGUUCUAAGACUAUGGCGAAACUCCCUGCACCCCACUAUCCGUCUUUGGGUUCUGUGUUGAGCGCGAAGAAAACUCGAGAAGAGGUGUCGUAUCCGGAUCUUUCUGCUUUUGGAGCCGAGGCCGCCACAGCAACGUCGCUAACCCCAUCGGUACCCGGAACUUUCACUUUCCGCAGCGACCACACCAUUCGAUUUGGCAGUACAUCACCUAACGGCUUCGGCAGCUCAUCCGGCCAAGCAAGCCUACGACAUGUGCGACAGUCUACGGUCCCCGCUAAUCACAUGCCCGGAAGUUUCCCCGCUGCUCGCGAAUCGAUUCCAGACAAAGAGAACACGGAUCCUGCCCUGAUGUCAGGUAUUCCCCAUGGAAUGUCCAAUAAGAAACGACACCGUGCCAUUUGGGAUCAUGAGGAGGACGACGAGGGUGCUCGACGCGGAGCAAAGAAGCUUCGAAAGAACCCUUCCUUUGCUGAAGGCGCUAGGCUGAUAAACUCAUCUCCCAUCAAGACGCUGGCUGCUGGAUCUCGUACGCCUAGUCCGCAGAAGAAGAAAGGGCUGACUCUUAGCCGGCUGAACAUGCUUGCUCUUCCGAAAGUCCGCAAGUGA